UUCGACUGUAUGCAAUAGUGUAGACGUCAAAGGUAAACUCUGGAAGUAUGACGUCUUUUAAAAAAAUCUUUUUAUCCAAAAACCCGAAAUAUUUAGACAAAGUAUACAAUAGAAAUGACUACGAUAAAACGUUUGUAACUCCGAAGGCGAUUCUCCACUGGAGCGGCAUCAAGAUGACGCAUACAAUAACCGAAUUACAAGGCAAAUACUGGAGCGUCUACUACUGGUUCGAAUUCGUGAAUAUUUUCGCUGCAAUGUGUCUCGAGUUCUUAGGCAUGCUAGACACGGCGAGGGGCGGGACCUUUGACGACGCAGUCAAAAUAUUUCGUAUGAUGCCCUGCAAUGGAUACACUGUACUUUCCCUGAUAAAAUCCUUCAAUAUGGUACGAUACCGUCCAGUUUACGAGAAUCUAAUCGACGAGAUCGGUGGAAUGUGGCCCGACGGCGCGGUGGGAGAAGAAGAACACAAGAUCAUUAGUUCGGCACUCAAGCAAAUUAACUUCGUUGUUAAAGGAUAUUAUUACUGCAAUCACUAUUUGCUCGUGAGUUUCCUGUGCCCUCCAUUUUUUCAACGGAUCAAAGGUUUCUUGGGGCGGGAAUGGGAGAUGAUGUUGCACUUUUUCUACUGGCUACCUUUCAACCCUAACCAGCCGGUAUACUUUGAGAUCUUGUUGACAAUACAGACUUGGCAUGCGAUUAUUGUUAUUUGGCUGAACAUGUCCGGAGAUCUCCUGUUCUGUUUAUUCCUGAGUCACAUCACGACCCAGCUGGACUUACUCUCCGUCAGGAUCAAGAAGCUGGUGCUCGUCUCCGUAGAUCGGCAGCUGCCUGAUCAUUUUCCUCUGGGAAUGCUCAGUAAGGACACUGAGAGACUGAGCGCCGAGCAAGAGAUCAAGGAACAACAACAAGAACUGGCCGAGAUCGUCAAGCGGCACCACGCUCUGAUCAGGUUGUCAAAAGACGUUGAGGAUAUGUACAGCUUCUCGUUGCUGGUCAACUUCUUGAACAGUUCCAUUUUCAUCUGCUUCUGCGGAUUUUGCAGUGUCGUGGUGGAAAAAUGGAACGAAACGGCAUACAAGUCUUUCUUGCUGACAACACUGUCACAAAUCUGGUUCCUGUGUUGGUACGGGCAGAAACUUCUAGACUCUAGUGAAGGAGUAUCUGAUGCCCUUUACAAAUGUGGAUGGUACAACGCAUCGAAGAAAGUCAAAACCAGCAUAUUGAUAAUGCUGCACAGGUACAGUCAUACAUACGAUACGGCCGGACGCAAGCCCACUGAUCGACUUUCACACGUUGACCGGUACAUAUCUCCGCUACUUUUGACCCUUUACCUUGUACCACAAUUGGGACAACACCUAGAGAAGUAG